GUGCAACAGAACCCGGAAGAUGCACGCGGUGACGUUGGCAUCACUCCCCCAACCCCACCACCACCACCAACAACAACAACACCACCACCACCAGCACCACCACCCCAGCUAGGCAUUUCUCACUGCGCAGCUGUUCUCUCAUCGUCUGCAUUGCAGCGUCGUAAUAACCUCGCCCAGAGCGCAAGCGAACUAACUCAUAGCCAACAACCACUCCACAAACACGUCUCUCACUGCAUGCCUAACUUAACACACAGCGUAAACACAGCAAUACGUAGUUACACAACGCACCAGCGAGACGGUACAUAGCAAGCACACACACACACAUCAGCUCACAGAAGAAGCUAGACCACACACACCAGGGGCCAUCGGUCAUGAUGGAACCCGCUGACAUGAAGGCGGGCGUCUUGGACGACGUGGCAAAGAGGCAAGCGGACGAGAAGAAGCAACAACAACAGCAGGAACAGAAUAAGAAGACGGAGAAGCAUGAAGAUGGGGAAGAGGUGGCACUCGAUAGGGACGACACCCAAGCCGGGCAAGGCGGCGGUGGCUCUCGCCCGCCGGGGCCGGCGGUCGGGGUCACAGCGGCGGUGGGCGGUGGGGCCGACCCGGAGAAUGCGGUGAUUGAUGAGAAGACCGUGCAGGACUACAGGCUUCGUAACUUCUUCGUCUUCAGGCCUGGAGCAUUCGAGCAAGCAGUGAACGACAUCAAAGUAUCCGUCUUGCACACCGUGGAUGACGGGGAGAUACAAAGCGUCUGGCUCCUGGCAGAGGUGGACCACUGGAACAACGAGCGCGAGCGGAUCGUGUGCCUGUCCGAGCGCUCUCUGCUCAUCGUCAAGUACGACUUCGUGACGCUGCGCUGCGAGAGUGCACGGCGCGUGCCGCUCAACUUCAUCGACACCAUCUCGUUCGGAGAGUUCGCCUUCCCACCCAAGUCCCUGCUCAACCGAGAGGGCCACGGAUUACGUGUGCACUGGGACAAGCUCCGCGAGCCGACUUUCCUGUCCCGCUGGAACCCGUGGUCAACGGAGCUGCCCUACACAACCUUCACGCACCACAUCAUGGCCCACGCCGAUCCCAACAUGGCUCCUGUCUGCCAGCUGGAGAAAUUCCGCGAGGCGCUGAUCGAGGCUACCAAGCGAGCUCACACAGCCAACCCCAUCCCAGGUCGUGCCAACGGUGUGCUCGUGCUAGAAAAGCCGGUGCUUAUCGAGGCAGUUGUGGGCCUCAUGUCGACCAUCAACAACCAGAGCCGCCUCGGCUACUGCCUGGCACGUGGCAGCGUGGGCUUUUAAGGCUGGCGGAUUGGCUGGGAUGCGGCCGCCCCUUCCGUGCUUGCUCCUGGAUCUCCACCUGUCCUGGUUUCCCAAGAUUGUCCUCGUUAUACAAGGUGCCUGUCCUGGGGAAAUCUGCACAUCUUCCCAGGACACAAACACCCCUUUUCCACUGGCACAUCAGGGCUGUGUCAUUCGACGCGUUGAUGAGGCAGGCCAUUGCGGCUGAGGAAGCGCCAGGUUGCUUUUCGCCUGCAGAAGCAGAGCUGUGUCCCUGACGUAACACACAAUGUGUGAUGUUGUGCCACAGUCCUCGGUGUACCAUUAAUGGCACACGCAAUUAACACAUUAUUAGCCCAGGCUCUGCUUAGCCCCAAGCAAGAUGCUGUUGUCUUGAGGCCAGUUUCAGCAUUUGGUUCUAGGCUCAGCCUGGUAAAUGGCCAAUGGAAAACCACCCAUACUGCCAUGGCUUGGAUGUGCCAGUGGAAAUGGGGUAUUAAAGGCUCAGUUUGUGAAUUACGUAACAAAUCACCACUUGAGACAAUGAAUUUGUGUAUUUUUCCCCUCUUGAGAGGUAUUCUUCUUGCCAUGUCCCUGAUUUUUUGUACUUCAUUAGGUGGCAACCCUAGCACGUGUGCAACACAUAUGGGUGUCAAUACACAUUACUGGGUGGGUAGGUGGGAUCACCACUCUACAGAUUAGCACCUUGCCAAUAGUCUGAAUGUUUACCAUUUUCUCAUAACCUCCCUGUUGUGAUGUCUAGAUUUACCGACGCGAACUGAAAAAUGACCUUUGGGAAAAACAGUGCAAAUCACUUGCAAAUGUUGCAUUGCAGAACUAAUUUGUACAAGGUUUUACUCAUACAAGACUACAGUUAUAUGAAGGGCGAGGGGGGGGGGGGCUUUGAUUAAAUCAAUGGUGUAGCUACACUGGGGUCCUAUGAGACAGGUCCCAGGCAAUGAGGGGAAAUUAGAUGGGCACCCCACCACCCAUUACAUUCCUUUAGGCAAGGUCCCUAUGCCACCCACGGUACACCACUGGGUGGCUGAAGAUAUGGGUUUUAGAGAUUGCUGAAGUGAAGCCAUUGCAUCUGGUGGUGGGUCUAUCAGUGUAUGGUACACUCUGGACCUGCCAAUAACUUACCAGCAGUGUCAAGUUCGACCUCUGUGGAGGCAGCUGGUGAAGGAUGCUCCUGGGCAGUUGGAGGCAGAUGCCUUCCACCAAGGGAGGGCAGAGUGGUACUUACAAGAUGAGCAGAGUGACUAAAAACAGUUAGCAUAGUAGGGGGCACAGAUGGUGCAUUGGCCAGUCAACCCAUGGCACCUAAAGUGCAUAUAGCCUGGCACAAGCAGCGUGGUGACAUCCCCCCCACUUUGUGGCAAAUGACAGUUGUUGGUACUGUGGAAUACUCACAUGCCCCAUCUCACCAAUGCAGGCCCUCAUGGACCCAGGUCGAUCUCACUUUUACAACAAAUUGCUGAAGCUUUGUAUUAAGGUGUUGCAUGUAAAAAAAUGCUUUCUUGUCUUGUAAAGUGGCCAAUUCCAUGCCACGUGGCCUUAAAUUCUCUUAGUGCUUUAGUUUUUUUUGCCAAAUAAAGUUGGUCACAGGGCCUAGUGGGCUGGACAGGAGAAGCCUUUGAGAGUGUGCCUUUUAGUUACCCACUUGACACUUAAUCUUUCACCUAUAUUUCUCCACUUUUAAUUUAAGGUAAAAAUCUACCUGCAAUUUCACACUUGUACUUUUUGGGUUUUGAAGACAUUCUGAACAGAUGGGUUGGUAUUAAAAGCUUUGUUAGUCACAAAUAAUGAAAGGGUAAUCAUGCAAGUAUUGUUAAGAGCUGUGGUUGGAUGUUUUUAAAUGCCGAUUGUUUAAUUUGUUUGCAAAUCAAAGUAGUUAACUGUACUUGGUAGAUGUUCCACAGCUUGUUAUAGUGUCCUUAAUUUCCCUGUAAAUUUGGUGUAUUUAAAAAAAUCGUGUUUGAGUUAAUGUCUUUAUUACAAAUUCCCCACCUGCCACACCCAUAUUGUAUUUACCAUCUUAAAGCUUAUGUAAAACAAGUGUAUAACUUUAGCAUAGGUUAUGUUAAGAUGUAUCAAUUUAUCUUGGAGAUACAGGCAUCAGGCUGCAGGUGUGCAAACAAAAUGGUUUCAGCAAGUGCAUUGUGCUGUGAAGCUAGCAUGGAGUGUUAGUCCACCUGUCGCCCGGAUUCUGGCACAGAAACCAGUCCUGGAUAUCUCCAAAGAUACUCAACCAGCAUCAAAGUAUGCUUAAAAAUAACCCUGUUCAUCCAGUAGUAAGUUUACAAUGGGCAAGUAUGUUGCAUGCAGUUGGCACUAUUCCAUUGUAACCAUUAAGUAUCUAACAAGAUCGCAAUGGUUCUUGAAAGAUCUAAACUAUUACAUUUGUUAAUGGGGCAGCUCGUUACCUAGCCAAAAAGGUGGCAUUGCAUUUAAAACUCGUGCUGCCGCCACCACCUAUUAAGUGGGUCCAAGACAGUGAGUGGUCUGAGAAGUAAUAUCCUUGCAUUAAAAUCAGUGGGUGGCAAUUAGCCCAUGUGUGGGCCCAGCUCACUUGGAAGGGAUCAAUUAUUGAUUCAAUAUACACUUCCAUGGGCCAUCCUCCAAAAACAAAGGGUUGCACUGCUGUGAAAGUUCCAAAUAGCUAGUUUCUCUUGACAUACGAUGUCAGGAUAAGUUUAGGGGGGGGGGGGGGGGUACCAAAAGAACCCAAUAAUCACUCUGGGCUGCUGGAUACUGCGGGUGUUAUACCAAUGCCUACACUUGGUGUUUUAUGUGCACUAUGGGGAGUGUUCUUUGCAGCCAAACAUUGCACGAGUUGUACCUAUUUUACAAACAAUAAAUUGAAAUGUAAUUGCA